AUGACUAGUAAACGAUCAAACGAAGUUAUAAAAAUGCAAGAAAAUUUGUUAAAGCGGAAAGCUGCACUUUCUUUGGCAGAAGAUAAUUUGCUCUUGAUCGCUUCACAUUUGGCAUGGCGUCGAAGGAAGAUGGUUGGCGAUCUGAUGCAUAUUUAUGUUAUCAACUUAAAUACAUCACAAAAAGCACGUUUGAUGCCUUCAUCAUGUAGUUGUCAUUCGAUAGCCUGUAUUACUGGUCUUCAUCUUCCGGAUUCUUCAUCUUUUCCUGGACAUUCCGAUGUAGAAAUAAGUGCUGCUAUGGGAUAUGUUGUUCAAGCCUUGUCCUUACUUUCUCGAAUAUAUAAUUUUCCUUAUCAAUACACCAUGUAUUUCUUCGGUUCAAAAUCAACAAUAAAAGAUCCAAUACUUGAGGAGACAUAUCCUCUAUAUGGUAUGGCACGGAAUCGCGAAAAAUUUGAAGAAGGCAUGUUGCUAUUAAAUAAAAAUAUAUCGCAGCUUCGGUGGUCAUUUGGUAUAACUACGAAAAAAGUGGGAAAAACUUUAUCGAAUUUACAAGAUUUAUUGCUUCAUAUUGUUAGCGAAAGAUAUGACACUUCCUUGGAUUCAGCCUUUCAGAGACCAUCAUUUAGUUACAGGGGUGUUGGAAAGAUAGAUAUAAGUUCUCAUAAAGGUACAAAGAGAAGCACUGAGUUUAAUCAAGAGAGCAAACCAUCGAAAAUGGGUUCUUCAAACCUUUACAGGCAGGCAAGUAUCGCUUCAACGAAAUCGACAUUAUUGUUUGAUUCACUUACUUUUGCUACAUUGGCAUUGGCUCCUCCACAAAAUGAUGAAGACAAUAGAGUGAAAAAAACUUUCUGCGACUUUGAAUAG